AAAUAAUAUAUUUAAUAUGGACCAUUUUGAAUAGCCAUCAGCGAAAUUGCUUUAUCUAAUAAAUGAAAUGAAUAGAUUAAAUUUGAUCACUUAACUAGAGAAAUGUACACUAAAAUGUAAGAAUAAAGUUUAAUAGGAGAGUUUGUUUUGGAAGAACAUUAAGGAAUAUAUGAUCUUUUAAAAUAAUAUCCAAAGAGUGACACAGAACUUGAUUUGGCUGAGGCCAUAAUAAUAUUAUUGAGAGGAGCUCCAAAUUCAGAAUGUAUGCAUAAUUUAUUAGUUAGAAUAAUAAGUUUAGGAUGAUGGAUAAUAUUAAAAUGAUUUGUAUAUCUCAGAAGAUGUAAGAUGAAUAUUUAUAAUAGCUUCAAUCUCCAUUAGGGCAUCAAUUGAUGAAGAGAAAGAAGGGGUAGAAGAAAAAUCAACAACACGAAAAUAAGCCUUUUGAAUUAAAUUAAAUACAAUGAUUUAGUUUACAGGAAUAUAUACAUAAAAAUAU